GCCACGUCAGACGUGACGUACAGGGAGGUGUAGUCCGGGUGGGAGGCGCCGCCGCCAGCCGUAGCACAAAGUAAACUCGUCCCCGCUCGCUGACAUUAAAUGGUGCUUCACGUCGGAGGAGAGGCAGCGAGAGUUAAUCAAAACCAACAGCCAUCAUGGACGCCAGUGUCAGCGGACUCACUCAGAGAUUGGCCGAAGCCGACCAGUCCCACCUCCUCCAGUUUUGGAGCGAGCUGAGCCCUGAGGAGCAGGCCAACUUGACCCUUGACCUGCAGGGAAUGGACUUCAAAGAGAUCAAUGGCUUCUUCAAGAACGCCAUGGAGGUGUCCAGCAGCAGCAAGCACGAGAAGAUGGACGCCCGCAUGGAGCCGGUGCCCCGGGAGGUGCUGGGGAGUGUGACGAGGGACAGGGAGAGUCUCAAAGAGUGGGAGCAAACAGGUCUUCACCACAUCUCUCAGAGAAAAGUGGCAGUCCUGCUGCUGGCUGGGGGCCAAGGAACCAGACUGGGGGUCUCUUACCCAAAAGGCAUGUAUGACGUGGGGCUGCCGUCACACAAAACCCUCUUUCAGAUCCAGGCCGAACGCAUUGUGAAGCUGCAACAGCUGGCUGAGCAGAAGCACAAAAUCAAGUGCUGUAUUCCCUGGUACAUCAUGACCAGUGGGAGGACAAUGGAGUCCACAAAGGACUUCUUCUCAAGACACGGCUACUUUGGCUUGGACAAGAGCAACAUCAUCUUCUUUCAGCAGGGCAUGCUUCCAGCCAUGGACUACAAUGGCAAGAUCAUCCUUGAGAGCAAAGGGAAGCUCUCCAUGGCCCCUGAUGGGAACGGGGGUCUUUACAGAGCUCUGGGGAACCAGGGCAUCAUGGAUGACAUGGAGAGGAGGGGGAUCCAGUUCAUUCAUGUGUACUGUGUAGAUAACAUCCUGGUCAAAGUGGCAGAUCCCGCAUUUGUUGGUUUCUGUGUGCAGAAGGGAGCAGACUGUGGAGCUAAGGUGGUGGAGAAAACCAAUCCAACCGAGGCCGUAGGUGUGGUCUGCAAGGUGGAUGGGCAUUAUCAGGUGGUGGAGUACAGUGAGAUCACCCUGGCAACGGCUGAGAAGCGCAGUUCCGACGGUCGACUGAUGUUCAAUGCAGGAAACGUGGCCAAUCACUUCUUCAGCUUUUCCUUUCUCAGAGACGUAGUACAGAAGUACGAGCCAAGGCUGCAGCACCACGUGGCCCAGAAGAAAAUCCCGUUUGUGGAUUCACAGGGUCAUUUAAUCAAACCAGACAAACCAAAUGGAAUCAAAAUGGAAAAGUUCGUCUUUGACAUCUUCCAGUUUGCCAAGAAGUUUGUUGUGUAUGAAGUGCUGCGGGAGGACGAGUUCUCCCCGCUGAAGAAUGCAGACAGUCAGGAUGGAAAGGACACACCCACCACAGCCAAACACGCCCUCAUGUCCCUCCACCACCGCUGGGUGCUCAACGCUGGGGGCCACUUCAUCGAUGAGAACGGCAGACGUGUGCCGGCCAUACCCAGAGACGGAGCAGCAGGCAGUGUCACAGAGGAUGGCAACAGAAACCUGAAGGAUGGAACAGACCUGCCAAUCAAAUGUGAGGUCUCCCCUCUGGUGUCCUAUGGGGGAGAGGGCCUUGAAGAGUUGGUGAAGGGACGAGAGUUUCAUCCCACACUGACGAUCGACGAACAUGGGGUCCAUGAGCUGGUGAAAAACGGAGUUUAAACAAUGAGAGAAAGAGAGACAACCCAAAGACCAACCUCCCUUUGUCUCUUAACUUCUCGAUCUGUAGUUUAAUAGAUGUGCAAUAACAGAUGUCAUGUGCAUUGGUUCCUGAAAAAUUACUUCCCCGUCCUAAAAAA